CCGCUGAAGUUCGACAACGACAGAUGCGCCGCUGUGAAAACUGGGGAUUUCUCACUCGAAGGAUCAAAUGGCAACGUUAUCCGCCCCCACAUCACCAGGGUUAUCCCUCGGCGAAGGACUAAGCCUGCUUUUCAAGGUCGUCGUCGUCGCCCCGCCUCACCUUCUCCUCAGCCUCCUCCGCUGCUACACGCUCGCCGCCCUCCGCGGCAUCCCCCUCCGGCACUACGCAGCAUGCGCCUUCUACCGCGUUGCCCUGCACAACCUCACCCCGCGCCAGCUGCAAUUCAUCCAACCCCCGACCCCGGCCGUCUACACCUCCUGGCUCACCCACCGCCAAUCCCGCGCGGCAGCUAAGUACAAGCGCGACAGCGCUGAUGCCGAAGCAGCCUUCCUCGCCUCCCGCCUGAGACUCGACACGGAGCCGCUCCCCGACGGGCGCUCGUCCCUGCUGUGGAUCGGCGACCGCCGCCGGGCGACGCGGUUCGUGCUCUUUUUUCAUGGAGGCGGGUACAUGGUGCCUGCGUUGACGGGGCACAUGGAAUGGUGUGCGCGGGCAUACCUGCUCGCCUCGCCCGCUGCUGCUGCUGCUGGGAAGGGCGGAGGUAAGGAGGAUGAUGAGGUGGCGGUUGCCGUGCUGCAGUACACGCUCUGCCCAGAAGCAACGUAUCCGACGCAGCUGCGGCAAGCGGCGGAUGCGCUGGCGCAUUUGUUUGCGUCGGGCAGGGUGCGGCCCGGGAAUCUAGUCAUUGGCGGGGACUCGGCAGGCGGGAACUUGACGGCACAGUUGCUGGGGCACUUGCUGCGGCCCAAUCCUGCCGUGAGGGAGGUGUCGCUGGAGGAGCGGCUUGCCGGCGCAUUCUUGGUGUCGCCGGUGUUGAGUGUAAGCGGUCACUGGGCGAGUGCGAAGAGGAAUGGGGCCAUUGACAUGCUUUCUGCGAGCUCGCCGGCCAGUCUGAAGGAGAGGCUGCUCAACGGGGUAGAGGAUUAUCAGGCGGAGGUGAAGCAGAGGAAGGGGUGGGCGAUGCCGAUGGAUUUGGAGGAUGCGGAAGGUUGGUUUGGAGGAUUGGACGGGGUUGUCAAGGAGGUGUAUGUCACGGCCGGCGAGCAAGAGGUUUUGCUGGAUCAUGGAGUCGCCUUUGCAGAUGCAGUUCGAAGGGGCAACCCGGGGAUGGAGGUGCGGCUAGAGGUGAUGAAGAACGAGGCUCACGACUGGAUAUUGAUGGAGGGCGGCGAGGGAAUUGAGGGAGACGCAAUGAAGAGAAUGAGGGCUUGGUUCAAGGGCGUGUUCGAUCUGUAGAGCUCGCCGUUGCCGUCUUGCGACGGAGCGUGUGGUUAUAUGAAUAGGCAGUCGCAGGUCAUUCCCCUCAUCAACGCGGCCUUCUCCAACUCCACUUGAUGAGAUCUGGUCAAACGAAAUGGCGCCGUCUCUUCCCCUG